AUGGAGCGCCCCGUCCCCGGGGGGCUGCGGGGGGAGAAGGAAGAGGAGGAGGAGGAGAGGGUGCUGGUGUCGGAGCACAGCUGGAGACCCUGCCCCACCGCCCGGAGAAGGGUUCAAGGGUGCUUGGAGUGGGUGAAGCGGCAACUGUUCCGCGUCGGGGAGGAUUGGUACUUCCUCUUCAUCCUGGGGGUCCUCAUGGCCACCAUCAGCUUCACCAUGGACAUAAUCAUCGCCAGGCUCCACGCGGGUAAGACCUGGAGGGGGUUCCACCGGCGGUUGGGGGCUCCCCGAGGAUUUGGGGGGUAUCUUUCAGGAGGUGCAGCUCCCCUCCCCACACCUCUCCUUCAGCCCACAUGUGGCUGUACGGAGAGAUCGGAGACAUCGGGGUGCUCAAGUACCUCUCGUGGACCAUGUACCCCAUGGCACUGGCUGCCUUCUCCACCGGCUUCUCCCAGAGCAUCACCCCGCACUCCGGAGGUGAGCCAGCUGCACCCUGACCUCCCUGGCUCUCUAAAAUGCCCCCUCGGUGAUGGGGAACCCCUAAAAUUCGAAUUCUGGUUCCCCCACCCCCGCCUGGCUCUAGGCUCCGGCAUCUCAGAGCUGAAGACCAUCCUGAUGGGCGUGGUGCUGGAGGACUACCUGGCCAUCAAGAACUUCGGAGCCAAGGUGGUGGGACUGACCUGCACCCUGACAUGCGGCAGCACCCUUUUCCUUGGGAAAGUGGGCCCCUAUGUCCACCUCUCUGCCAUGGCUGCAGCGUAUCUGGGGAAGAUGAGGACCACGGUCACGAGGGAGUAUGAGAACAAGUUCAAGCAGCACGAGAUGCUGGUGGCAGCUCAAGCCGUCGGGGUGGCCACAGUCUUCGGGGCGCCCAUCAGCGGGGUGCUUUUCAGCAUCGAGGUGAUGUCCCCCUACUUUGCCGUGCGGGAUUACUGGCGAGGCUUCUUUGCUGCCACCUGCGGUGCCUUCAUGUUUCGGCUCCUGGCCGUAUUCAACAGCGAGCAAGGCAAGGCAGGGCAGGCAGGAUGUGUCCCCUCUUCUCCUUUACCCUCAUCCCGUGGCAUUUUUGGGGUGCUCACCACCAAACCCACCCCCUCAUUCCUGUUCCCCCUUCCAGAAACCAUUGCUGCUGUUUUUAAGAGCAACCUCAAGAUCGAUUUUCCCUUCGACCUCCUGGAGACCUUCUUUUUUCUGAUUUUGGGGAUCAUCUGUGGGAUCGUGGCCUGUGCUUAUCUCUUCUGCCAGCGCUGGCUGAUGGUGGCCGUCAGAAAGAACCAGCUGACAGCCAAGCUGUUGGCCACCGACAAACCCGUGUACACUGUGCUGGUGGUGCUGCUCUUCGCCUCCAUCACCUUCCCACCCGGGCUGGGGCAGUUCAUGGCCUCCAGGGUGAGUGAGAACUCAUGGGGCUCCAUGGGGACCCCAAAACCUCCCAGCCUGAGUGGGGGCUCAGGGUGUCCAUCUGUCCAGCUCACCAUGAAGGAGUAUCUCACCUCCCUCUUUGAAAAUCGCACAUGGGGCUUGCUGACCCUCAACGCCUCAGGGGUGGCCAAGCCUGGGGAGCUCUGGCAGGAGUGGGACCAUCCCUCUGCCACCAUCUACGGCACCUUGAUCUUCUUCCUGCUCAUGAAGUUCUGGAUGCUGAUCCUGGCCACUACUCUGCCCCUCCCAGCCGGGUACUUCAUGCCUAUCUUCAUCUAUGGUGAGUCAGGGGCUGGGAGGACAGGGGGGACAGUCAGGCCGGGGGAGGGGGGCAAGGGGUUCAUUGAGCCCUUGGAGUGGGGAUACUGGAAGUGUAUCCAGCCCUGGAGGGGGAUACAUCGAGUCUGGGGGUACAGGGGAGGCAUCCAGUUCCAGGAGGGCUGCAGGAAGGUGGUCACCUCUACCUCCACCAUUUUUUGGGGGACCUCCUGGGAUCUCCCCACCUUUCCUCCUCCCCCAAAUUUAGGAGCAGCCAUUGGGCGCCUGGUAGGGGAGGUGGUGGCCCUGCUCUUCCCACGGGGGCUCUAUUCAGAAGGACCCCCACGGCCCAUUAUUCCUGCUGGCUACGCCCUGGCUGGCGCAGCUGCGUUCUCGGGCUCGGUGACCCACGCAGUGUCCACCUCCCUGCUGGUGUGCGAGGCCACCGGGCACAUGGGCCAUGUCCUGCCAACCGUGCUGGCUGUGCUGGUGGCUAACGCCAUCACCCAGAAGAACCAACCAUCCUUCUACGAUGCCCCCAUCAUCGUCAAGAAGCUGCCCUACCUGCCCCCUAUCCGCAGUCGGCACAUCGCCUCCUACCGAGUGGUGGUGGAGGAGUUCAUGGAGCGCCAGGUGGUGGCCUUGGCCAAGGGGGACGGUUUCCAGGAGGUGUUGGCGGCCUUGGAUGCUUCUACUGAUGCCGAGUACCCUGUGGUGGAGAGCAUAGGGUCCCCCACUCUGGUGGGCACUGUCAGCAGGUCCCAGCUGGUCACCUUCCUCCAGAGCCAUGAGCACCCCCAGGCUCUCCAAGGGGAGAAGCUGGCCAUCAUGGGAACACUCGGGGACGACUGCACCAUCGAGCCCAUCAUGCUCCAGUUCUCCCCGUGGACCUCCUUGCACCAGGCCUAUCACCUCUUCCAGCUACUGAAGCUGCAGCGAGUCUUUGUCACCCGCUCUGGGGAGCUGGUGGGAGCUGUGAGCAGGGCGGAGCUGCGGAGAGCAAUUGAGGACGUCGCCAACCCCAAGUGAUGACGUUUUGGGACCACAGGGGACCCCUCCCCAGGGAUGUCCCCCAGGAACAGAGAGGGGGAGUCCUGAGCCCCCAGGUGGUGUGGGGGGUCUGGGCUGGGGACGCCGG